UGCUGUGGGGUGGUGUGGACCGGGCCUCGAAUAAGAGAUUCUGCAGUGAUAGAGAAUUUCCAGUGUGAAGCCUGGCCAGUCCUCCAUCUUGUCACAGAAUAGCGAUUAUACGAUGUUGUAGCUGGGGCCUUGGACACAGCCGUAUUAGUGCCCCGAGACAAUGUGCUGAAACUGAUUUUUGUCCUCCCAGAAAGAAUACAUUAGACAGCAAAGGGAAAGUGUAGCCUAUACGGUUGUACUGUGCAGGGAGAUGAAGAAAGUGUGCUCCCCAAAUGGCACCCUAUUCCCUAUAUAGUGCACUACUUUUAACCAGAGCCCCAUGCUCUGGCUGUGCCCUAUGCUCAAGUUUUGGCCUGCCUGGGCAAAUCUGAGUUCUCCCUCCUCACUCUUCUUCCCUCCUGUCUGUUGCUCCUGCAGGUCGGUGAAUGGGGUGUACAGGAUCGGCCUCUUUGCCCUCAAGGACAUGAGCAGCGGCACGGAGCUCACCUACGACUACAACUUCCACUCCUUCAACACCGAAGAGCAGGUGGGUGUGGCGGCACAUCAACCAUCUUCCCCAAUCCACUCCCAGUUACAGCCCCAAUUUAGCCUGGUUCCAGAUCUGUUUCUGCCAAGGCAAAAAAAUCUCUCUUGGUCAUUUUAGCAUCCAAGAGCGCUCUCUCAAUUUUCCCACACCGUUCCCUUUUCCUGUUUUUGGCACACACUUCACAUUCCUUUACCUGUUACCUUGAACUUCUCUCCCCUUACGUCCUCCCUCCUACUGCUGCUUACUUCUCUCGCGCCCUCUCUCCUCCCCUCACUCUCUCUCUCCUCCCCUCACUCUCUCUCUCCUCCCCUCACUCUCUCUCCUCCCCUCACUCUCUCUCUCUCCUCCCCUCCCUCUCUCUCUCCUCCCCUCCCUCUCUCUCCUCGCCGCUCUCUCUCUCCUCCCCGCUCUCUCUCUCCUCCCCGCUCUCGCUCUCUUCCCCUCUCUCUCGCUCUCCUCCCCUCUCUCUCUCGCUCUCCUCCCCUCUCUCUCUCUCUCUCCACCCCUCUCUCUCUCCUCCCUGCUCUCUCUCUCUCUCUCUCUCUCUCUCUCUCUCUCUCUCUCCUCCCCGCUCCUCCCCCCCGCUCUCUCUCCUUCUCUCUCUACAGCAAGUGUGUAAGUGUGGCUCAGAGGGCUGCCGGGGCAUCAUCGGAGGGAAGAGCCAGCGAAUCAACGGGAUGCCUGGAAAGACGGGCGGGGCACGGCGGCUGGGUCGACUCAAGGAGAAACGCAAGUCCAAGCACCAGCUGAAAAAACGAGUGCGUGUAAGGGAGAGAGACUGGAGAAAAUGUCAGAGAAAAAGUUAUAUCAGGUGUCUUGUUACUGCCGCUGCAAUGGGUCUUGAUAUUUACCGUCGUCAGCCGUUUUUACACAGCAUUUUUAUGGAGCCUAAAGGCAAAGACAUUGUAUUCUGAUCCUAAAUCAGUCAAGUCUUUGCCAUGUCUUUAGCUCUGUAACCUAGAGAGCGGUCUCUCCUACCCGGCUAAGUUUAUUUUAAGGGGCAGUGUGUAUGUAGAACGGAGUGGUUCCUUGCUCAAAGGAGCUUUUUGUGGGGCGGAAGGUUAGAUUGAAAAAAAGACAAUGGACUUGAAUAGUGAGAGGGCUGGACUGAACAGCAGCAUAUGAUCAGUACUCCUUUAUCUCUAACUCUCCCCCUCUUCUCUUUUCCCAAGGAGGAGGAUUCAAGUGACAGCAGCAAGUUUUAUCCCCACCUUCUCAUGAAACCCAUGUCCAACAGAGAGAGGUACACACACAGCACAUGUGCCAAACACAUGUCCUUCACGCACACAUACACACGCAAACACAACACAAACACUCACCACUCUCUCUCUCUGUGGCUCAGGAACUUUGUGCUGAAGCACCGUGUGUUCCUACUGAGGAACUGGGAGAAGAUGAGGGAGAAGCAGGAGCUGCUGAAGAGGGAGGGCGAGAGGGAGGCCAGCGGUGGCCUGUCCAUCUACACACGCUGGGGAGGAGUCAUCCGCGAUGACGGAAACAUCAAGUCAGGUCAGUGUGUGUGUAUGUGUGUGAGGAGUCAAAGGUGUGUGAGACCAUACCCACAUGUGCAGGAAAACAGAACUAGAAUGAAUAGAAUAAUCAUUCUAUACUGAUCAAAAAGAUGAACGCAACAGGUAAAGUGUUGGUCCCAUGUUUCAUGAGCUGAAAUAAAAGAUCCCCGAAAUGUUCCAUAUGCACAAAAAGCUUAUUUCUCCCAAAUUUUGUGCAGAAAUUAGUUUACAUCCCUGUUAGUGAGCAUUUCUCAUUUUCCCAGAUAAUCAUCCACCUGACAGGUGUGGCAUAUCAAGAAGCUGAUUAAACAGCAUGAUCAUUACACAGGUGCACCUUGUACUGGAGACAAUAAAAGGCCACUCUAAAAUGUGCAGUUUUGUCACACAACACAAUGCCACAGAUUGCAAUUGGCAUGCCGACUGCAGAAAUGUCCACCAGAGCAGUUGCCAGAGAAUUAAAUGUUCAUUUCUCUACCAUAAGCCGCCUCCAACAUCAUUUUAGAGAAUUUGGCAGUACUUCCAACCGGCCUCACAACCGGAGUCCUCGUGUAACCAUGCCAGCCCAGGACCUCAACAUUCGUUUUCUUCACCUGCGGGAUCAUCUGAGACAGCUGAUGAAACUGAGGAGUAUUUCUGUCUGUAAUAAAGCCCUUUUUUGGGGAAAGACUAAUUCUGAUUCGCCCCUGCCCAGUCAUGUGAAAUCCAUAGAUUAGGGCCUAAUGAAUUUAUAUAAAUUGUUUUUUUCCCUAAAUGAACUGUAACUCAGUAAAAUCGUUGAAAUUGUUCCGUUUAUAUUUUUGUUAAGUAUAUUUCAAUAUGCAGGAAUGUGGCAGGGGUACGUUUUCUCAAAAAGCUUUGUAGCACUAGGAUAAUCUUUCCUCCUUUGCCUACAAUAGACUUAUGAUGAUGUUAGUGCUGCGAAGCUUUUCAGGGAAACUCACCCCAGUUAAGUCCUGAAUAUAAAUGCUGUUUUGUAUGGGGUGUCACGUAGUGUUUGUGAUGGCUUGUUAACUCAAUCGCUCUGUGUGUGUCACAUUGUCGUCGCAGACGUGUUCCUGACACAGUUCUCAGCACUGCAGACGUCCCGGUCGGUCCGCACGCGGAGGCUGGCGGCGGCCGAGGAGAACACGGAGGUCACCCGCACCGCCCGCCUGGCGCACAUCUUCAAGGAGAUCUGUGACAUGAUUACCAGCUAUAAGGGUCAGUGACACACACACAUACAGACAUUUGCACUCGCGCACACAAUGUGUCUAUUUCUCUGUGCGUUGAUUGGUGGGGAAAAACAGGUCUACUAGCCUACUGUAGGCAACACUACUUUUUUUUACGUCAACAUUCAUUCAGAACAAUUAGCUUGUAUCAGUAGUAUCAAAAGAAAGGUGGGAAAGGAAAAUCGAAGUUUCAGGGAAGAAUGUACAGAGAGAUAUGCGUUCAUCUUACCCAAUGCCAAGCUAGUGUGUCUUAUUUGCAAUGAAAAUGUCGCUGUUUGCAUAUAAUUCAAUCUCAGGCGUCAUUAUGAAUCCAAGCAUGGAACUUUCAAGUGUUCUUCCCACCCCAGACAGAGUCCCGACGCAGAAACAUUGAAGCGUUAACUGCAAGCUACACACACAGCUUUUUGGGCUGACAUAUUCUGUCACUUAUCUGGUUAAAUCUGCAUUUACAAGGAAGAGGGAAAACAGUUGUGGACAUGGUGGAAAAACGUAAGGCCUUUACUAGGAAGCUUGAGUUGUUCGAUUUGGACCUGUCAUCUGGAAGGCUACUGCACUUCAGCACACUGAAGAAACGACAGGCAGAGGGACCAGGCCGCAGCAUUAUCACAGAGGUGAUGGAAGAUUUCAUCAAGCAGCUGAGGGACAACUUCUCCACCAGAUUUGAAGACUACAGCAUGCCCAAGGAUAUCAUUGCGUUUGUACGUGAUCCUCUCACAGUCCGCCCAGGUGGAGAAUUCUCCUCCCUUGCUAAGAAAACGAUACCCUCGCUGGAUGAGACGGCAAUUCAAACUAAGCGGAUUGAAUUCCAGACUUCGAGCCAAAUCAGGGAUGCGCGUUUUGGGUGGCAUACUCAGAGGAAUACAGCACAAGAAAGAAACUUGCAUUUUAUGUGCUAACAAUGUUUGGAUCGACUUACACCUGCGAGUCCUCAUUUUGCUCUAUGAACGUAAUAUAGACUCACGACAGGAACCGGCUUUCAUAUAAGUCGAUCGAGGACUGCCUGCGCAUCAAAAUCACAUCCAUCUCACCCGACAUCCACAAGAUAGUGUCCGAGGGGAAAUGCAACUUUUCACAUUAAGUAUAUUAAGUAACUUUGUGUCCUAUAUGACUGUAUUUAGGAAAUACUAACAUUAUUGUGAGUGCUUAUCCAAGGAUAUUUAGUUCUCAAGCUGACAGUAUCUUCUGUUUUGUUCUGUCUUUACAGGAGCAGGCUAUCCCGAUUCAGACACAUACAUCUACUUUUUUUCUUUAAAUUAUUGGUUUAUGUAGGAUGCUACUUUUUCCAUUUGCAAUUGUAAUUAGGCCUUAUAAAAAAAAUCCCACUUCUUUUAGGCCAUUUUAUUAUUGUGAAAGAUGCUGUUAAGCCUCAUAGCCUACCUUAUUUUAUAUAGGCCUAGGCUCGGAAGAAAUAGACUCCAAUAUUGUUGUUUAUAAAGUCAAAUUAAAAUGAAGAUUAUUGUUGAAAUGAAUUACUCGACUGGUGUAGUUUUUCUCUAUCUGUUGCUGUGCAACACUUGCAUAACAAGUUAGCUAUAAGUUGCGCUGCGGUUGCAGCUUUACGUUUCAGCAGCACCACAAAAUGGUCCGCUAUCCUGCAUUCUCUCUCCUCAUGAAUUAAGUUAAAAUGUAACUUUUGCAUUAUUUAGGUAGGGUAACUUCCUUCUUGGGACAUUGCAUUUGGGAGUUUUUGCAUCUCGGGUCAGAGAUGUUUUUUAUAAUAAUAAUAUUUUUUUAUGAAAAUAAUAUUCAGAAUUAAUUUGGGGGCCAAAUAAUAUUGCUGGCGGCCAGAUUUGGCCCACAGGCCGUCUGUUGGGGAACCAUGCUGUAAGGGAUGGCAAAGCUCUGUGUUUGUGUGUGUGUGUGUGUGUGCGCGCAGCCUUCCCUAUAAACACCAACCACCCCUCCAGCAUACACAUACACACUCACACUCUCUCUUGAUCUCUCACUCACUCAAACUUGCACACAUACUGAAAUCCUUCCCAUAAACUCCCUAGUCUCUAAACAUCCCUGGUGCCUUCAGAGAGACUGCUGGACACCUGGUUUUAAUUCAAGCAAAUGGGAAAGACAUGACAAAGUCAACACUUCUGUGUAACGCAACCCAAUCUCAACAGGACUCAGUCCAUGUGCGUGUACUGACCACUACAACUGGCUUACCUGUUUGGCUUUUGCCUCUACAAACAUCUGCUGUUGUAAAUCUGAUUCAAGUGUGCAGAGAGUCAUUUUUCCCUGAGUAUAUUUAUGCACUAUAACAGUAAAAGAUACUCUGCUGAAGAUAAUAAAACGUCUCUCUUUCCAUAGACUCAGCUGGUCAGACCCUUGCUGCUCCGCUGGUAAACCUACCUUCAAGAAAGCGGUAAGUGUUAGCUUGUUUGUUUGUGUGUGCUUGCUAGCUCUUUCACCCAUGUUUACUGUAUGUAGGUGUGUUGUGCAACGCUUUGUGUCUUAUCCAACACCCUCAGUGUUCUUAUCACUUCCUGCGACCAUUACGAUCAUGUUUGGAUUCAUGAGACAAGCGGCCCAGUUUUGACUCUCACCCCAUGACUCAUUGUGUGUGUGUGAUCCCAGGAACACGCAGUACUAUGAGAAGGUGUCGGACCCGCUGGACCUGAGCACCAUUGAGAAGCAAAUCACCACAGGGCACUACAAGACCGUGGAGGCGUUUGACACCGACAUGCUCAAAGUGUUCCGCAACGCAGAGGUGGGUCUCCCUCAACCCUCCUCCUUAUGGGAUAUACACAGCCACUGAUCCUUUACACACAUACCUACACACCUAUACACAGAGGACUCUUUGAUUUACAUUUGAAUUGUGUGGAGGCUGUGUGAGUGCCACUCAAAUCCUCUGAAGGGUACUCAACGCUAUAGACAGGUGGGUUGUUUAGCAACAAAACCCAAUGUGUGCGCAACUGUGCAGCAAAACAGGCAGGGUUGGCUUAGAAUCAAAGGAUUGUUGACAACAUGUACAUUACAUUACAUUUUACAUUACAUUUUAGUCAUUUAGCAGACGCUCUUAUCCAGAGCGACUUACAGGAGCAAUUAGGGUUAUAUGUAAACUAUAUUUCCUCUCCAAAUCAUUAUUGAAAACAUAAAUACAUUUGCACAAUGAGCACUUGUUGUCUCCCAAAUACACCAUUACAGUUGUUGGUUAGCUUGCUAGCAAAUUUUAGCCAUGUGACGAGUGAAAACACCUCAAAAGAAGGCAUGGUAUCAAUAACAACAUUCAACAAGCUGAAAGAGCCAAGAUUCCCCACAUGGCAGCUUCUUACCAUUGUUGCUAGCUAUCUGACCGUCCAGAAUCAUAAGACUUCGGCCCCAAUGACCCGCGCGCAUCGUUGUCAGCUAACCCGUCUAUGGUAGCGGAAGUUUGGAAGUGGACUUUGAAAGUCAUUUACCCCGCUGUCAGAGACCCUCAGCGUUUGCAAUGAACCCCAGGAAAAUGUAUCAUUGUGCAGGGGCUUAGAAUUCUCAGUGGGUUUCUGGAAGCCUGGUCAAACUUGUUUAGGUUGCUGUGUCAUUUUCAUGGGAGCUGGUCUUUUACUCCACUUUAGAACAUACAAACUGUAUUUCCCACAUUCUUAACGUCGUUGCCCUUUGCUCCCUCCAUCCUAGCAGAAAUACUACGGGCGGAAGUCGUCAGUGGGGAGGGACGUGUGCCGGCUGAGGAAGGCCUACUACGGUGCUCGCCACGAGGCCGCCGUCCAGAUCGACGAAAUCGUCGGAGAAACAGCCAGCGAAGCGGACAGUUCGGAUUCGCUGGAGCGAGACCACGCCCAUCAUCACCACCACCACGGAGGAGGCUGGCCGGGCUCCCACGACAAGGACGAUGACAUCAUCCGCUGCAUCUGCGGCAUGUACAAGGACGAGGGCCUGAUGAUCCAGUGUGAGAAGUGCAUGGUGAGAGAGCGUCCGGAGAAAAGACUGGCAUGUCCCAAAUGGCUACCUAUUCCCUACAUAGUGCACUACUUUUGGCCAGAGCCCUAUGGGACAAGAGGCCCAGUUUCUUAGAGCCCUGUGGGCCAAAAGUAGUGCACUUUAUACGGAAUAGGGUGCCAUUUGGGACACAGCCUAACACUGCAGGCUCCGAGUUGGGAUAUGAAUGUUAGCCUGGAAUCCAAACUGAAUAUGGAUAAAACUGAAUAUCAGUUCCUUACUGAAUCCAUGAGGCGAUAUUCAGUUUGGAUUUCAGGCUAGUUUAAUGUAGUGGUACCUGCCUGAUGAUUCUGAGUGGAUGGUGAGUGUUUGUUCCUUUCAGUGGAAGCAAUGUUUUGAGAGCACGAGUUGAUUGUGUGAGAGAUUGCUAAGUGUGGUAGUCUAAUAUAUUGUUAGUGUUAGUUUUGGCUGUGAACAGUGAUGCGUCUGUCUCUCAGGUGUGGCAGCACUUUGACUGCAUGCGGCUGGAGGCGGAGGUGGAACACUACCUGUGUGAGCAGUGCGACCCCCGACCUGUGGACAGGGUGAGUCCCCCUUAACCAGUUCCCAUGCUUUUAAAAUAACGGUUCUGUUCCGGAACAGUAUAAAUCACUUUUGUUCCCGGUUUUGAUUCUGUCCCUCAAAAAAAAAAAAUCAGGUUUUCUGUUCUGUUCCCUGAACCGGUUCCAAUCCCUGGUUUCUAUAGACCAUGGGGUGCGAUCAAGGUUGGGUUAAUAAUGUUAUUUUACGUUACGGGCAUUUUCCAGUCCAACAAAAAAACGCAACAAAGCACCUAUGCUAAGCUCUAUGUCACUCAGAAACGUAUUCCAGUGUUUGCCUGCCAACUAAAAAUCUUUGCUAGUGUGUGCAUGUGUAGGCUACCAGCCCCUCUCCCGCCAAAGCAUAGGCUACUGUAGCCUACUGACGUUACAAGCGUGAUUCUGAAAUUAGGGAGAGACAUUUUUUAUUAGAGAAGGGAUUUACUUUUUCAAUGCUAGUUAAGGAUACUAUAGCUAUCACAUUUUACAUAUUUAUUAACUACUAAAAGUUUUUUUAUUUCUGGUGCCGCUCUGCACACACACACGCAUGUUAGCUAGCUAGCUCUGGUCCAACAUUAAGCCAACUCUCGGAAGUCCAAAGACAUUCAAGUUCCUUCAUAAAAGCCACUCCUGCAUAGCUUUAUGUCGCUCUGGAUAAGAGCGUCUGCUAAAUGACUAAAAUGUAAACGUAAAUGUAUAAUUCUGAGGGGCCUAAUUCAGGGAAUGCAUGUCAUAACAAGAUGCCCAGCGCUUCAAGCUAAGCCUCUUCCUCCACCCCCUCUUGCUCCCCACCAUUGUCUGUCCAAUGCAUGUAAACAACUAUAGCUUGCCCGUUCCAUAGCAAGCUGCUCUAUCCGCACUGAUUGGUGAAGUAAUUUAAUGUUGAGUUAAAUGUUUAAAAAAUAAUAAUUUCUGAGGUUUAAAAAGUAACAGAAAUGAAUGAUAUGAACCGUUACUUUAUUUUUGGGUUCAAACUGGUUCUAACUUUAUUUUGCUGGUCAGAACAGUGGAAUGGAACGAAAAAAAUAAUGGUUCUCUUCAGAACGAAAAUAAUUUCGCUUCCAACCCCUAAUGGAAACCCACUGAACGGUCACAGGUGGGUUGUCAGACCAUGGGUGUUUCUCAAUAUGCAUACUACCAUGCUCCACACAUGUUCCGACUGCAUUUCUCCGUGGACGUUCUCUUGAGUACUUUCUUGUGAGGACAAGUGUGGAUAAAAUAUUACAUUUGAGAAGCACUCGCACUCCCCCUACUGUAUUACAUCACGCUGCACCUCCCCAUUCACUGAAUGUAAUAACCUAGCUAGCCAGCUAGUUUAACAGGCAAAAACUACCUAAAGAUAAUGUUAUGCAAGAUAGAUGACUAGUUGUCAAUUCUUCGUGGGUAACUAGUUACCAAUUCUUUGUGGCUAGCUAGCUAGCCAGUUCGCCCUAUUGACUUACUAUGGGCUUGCGAUCUACGCACACUAAAGUGGGUAUUGUAGGCAGGUUUAUUUUCUCUCGCUUGAGCUCAUUAAUUUCAAUAAACUUUUGCGCCGCAUACUUUGAUUUGGAAGUCAUGCUCCGACCCUUCCGUGCUUCAAUUUGCAUGCUCAUAGCACGAUAGUAUGCAUAUUGCGAAACAGCCCAUGAAAGAUGUGUUCAGUCAGUGAAGAAAACAAAGGUGAUAUGCACUUCCCAAACCUAAGAUAAUCAAAUCACAGUUUUUUAAAAGUGCAUUUAACAGUCACAACACACUUUACAGAAAGUGUAAAUAAAGUGGCAAUAUGCAGUUGAAACAAUAACAAACCGUCACCCUGCCACUGAUUUGGAAAAUAGCGGAGGGAUGGGGCUGGAGAACCACUCUCAAAUGUAUACACAGAGCUAUGGAUUCAAGGACUGACCGUCCAUGAUGUCUCACAGUGAAAUUCUCUGUAGGGAGACAUGUCUCACAGUGAAAUGUUUUGUAGGGGAAAUGUCUCACAGUGAAAUGCUCUGUAAGGUGAAAUGCUAUGUAGGGAGAAAUGUCUCACAGUGAAAUCCUCUGUAGUAUGAAAAAUGUAUGCACUCACUAACUGUAAGUCGUUCUGGAAAAGAGUGUCUGCUAAAUGACUAAAAUGUAAAUAACAAAUGUAUACACAGAGCUAUGGAUUCAAGGACUGACCAUCCAUGAUAUCAAAUGUAUAGUUUUAACCAUGUUUUGAGUCUACAAAGUAUUUGUUUACAGUUACAUUGUUUACCAACAAUGGAGUAAGACACGCUUAUAUUUUGGGUUCUGCUAGGGAACGACAGUUGAACCAAGCUCAUAAGGAAUUUUAUAAGUUAUAUUCUUCAAGAAUCAAUGGAUAUAUAAUCAGUCAUUUACAAGUCCAAAAAUGGAUGUACCAAUCGCAGAUUAUUCCUUGUAAAUGUAUCAGGGAAUAGGGUGCCAUUUGGGACAUAGCCAUUGUUGUUUCAGGCACUCCACUCAUUACAGGUGGUUAUUUCAAAUGAGUGCUUUGUCUUUUGUUUAAUCUUCCUAUUUAAUCUGAUGUAAUAUCCUGUCCCGUUGGUGCUCCAGGAGGUGCCAAUGCUGCCCCAGCCCAGCUACGCCCAGUCUGGCUCAAUCUACUACAUCUGUCUGCUGCGAGACGAACUGCUGCUGCACCAAGGUAUGGAUGGGGACUAUAACCAUGGCUGUGUGUGAAAUGGCACCCUAUUCCCUAUAUAGUGCACUACUUUUAAACAGAAGUAUAGGGCUCUGGUCAAAAGUAGUGCAGUAAAUAGGGGAUAGGGUGCUAUUUUGGACACAACCCCAUGUAUGAGGCCACUUCAAUGUUGUAGUGAGUUUGUGUGUCAGUUGCACAAGUUGCCACAUUGAAUAAUUGUUGAAUAGCAACUUGGGGUGUGAUAAAUGUGCUUUAUACCGGCCUCCCGAGUGGCGCAGCGGUCUAAGGCACUGCAUCGCAGUGUGGCGGCGUCACUACAGCCUGGGGUUCAAUCCCAGGCUGUGUCACAACCGGCUGUGACCGAGAGUCCAAUAGGGCGGCACACAAUUGGCCCAGCGUCGUCCGGGUUAGGGGAGGGUUUGGCCGGGGGGGCUUUACUUGGCUCAUCGUGCUCUAGCGACUCCUUGUGACGGGCCGGGAACCUGCAGGCUGACUUCGGUCAUAAGUUGAAAGAUGUUUCCUCCGACACAUUGGUGCAGCUGGCUUCCAGGGUUAAGCGAGCGGGUGUUAAUAAGUGCGGCUUGGCUGGUCAUGUUUCGGAGGACGCAUGACUUGACCUUUGCCUUUCCCGAGCCCGUUGGGGAGUUGCAGCGAUGAGACAAGAUCGUAAUCACGAAAUUGGGUAAAAAAAUAAAAAGAAUGUAAUAAAACAAGUGCUUUAUAGAUAAAAAUCAGGGUAAUGUUAUGUAACCUGUCUAUCCAGGUGACUGUGUGUACCUGAUGAGGGACAGCAGACGCAACCCAGAGGGCCAGCCGGUCAGGCAGUCCUACCGUCUCCUGUCCCACGUUAACAGGGACAAGCUGGACAUCUUCCGCAUCGAGAAACUCUGGAAGAGUGAAAAGUAAGGGAGGGGGGAAAGGGAACGCCACAUUGAGCCAGCGCUGAGCAACAUCAGCGAUUUCAUUGCUGUAUUUUUGCCUCUGACUCUCUCGUCUCCUUGUGUGGGUGCCCUGUAGGGGUGAGAGGUUUGCCUUUGGCCAUCAUUACUUCAGGCCCCACGAGACGCACCACUCGCCCUCACGCCGCUUCUACCACAACGAGCUGUUCCGCGUGCCACUCUACGAGAUCAUCCCUCUGGAGGCCGUGGUCGGGACCUGCUGUGUCCUCGACCUCUACACCUACUGCAAAGGUGAGACUCACGCACACACACACACUUUGUAAGGGAGAUUAACACAAACACACUGAGCUAACACGCAUAAUGACCUAACCUGGCAUUUGUUUUCAUUCAGGACGGCCGAAGGGAGUGAAGGAGCAGGACGUGUACAUCUGCGACUACCGCCUGGACAAGUCGGCGCACCUCUUCUACAAGAUCCACCGCAACCGCUUCCCCGUGUGCACUAAGCCCUAUGCCUUCAACCACUUCCCAAAGAGGCUGGCCCCUAAGAGAGACUUCUCGGUAAGAGGGUCCAAGAGGAGGAGCGGGGUGGGGCUUAUUUGUAUUGAAGUGUCCGCAUGUAGGUUUAGUGAAAGCUAGUUUGAUGAGGUAGUAUUGAUGUAAGGUUCAGUUAUGGGCUUGAAUUGAGUGGAAUCAGAGAAGUGUAUCAGUUGUUUUAACAAAGAAGAUGAUUGGGCAUCAGUGACGACUGAUAUGUGCCUACCAUUCUUUUAGUUAUCCUAAGAGAGAAGAUUGGGGUCCAGCUUGAUACACAGUUAAUAAAACACAUUUUUAAUCAUCCCUGAAUGAGCAACUUGUGAGUAAGUCAAAUGAAAGAGUCUUUGUUCCUUCCCAACCUCGCCACAGCCGCACUACGUUCCUGACAACUACAAGAGGAACGGGGGACGUUCGGCCUGGAAGAGCGAGCGGCCCAAAGGAGUUGGAGGAGCCUGUGAGGACGACUCCUCCCCAUGCGACCAGGGUGACGACUUCCGUCCGGAGAGUGAAAACGGAAGAGUGGUGGAGGGGGACAUGGACGCUGCCCAUGAAGAACCCACACUCCCUACCACUGCCCAGCCCCCGCGACCGGAUGGGCCAGGGGAGGGAGAAGAGGAGGAUGGGGAGCUGGAGGAAGGUACGGCAGAGAGAGGAGUUGACAUGCUGGAGCUCCUCCCCUCCUCCAUGUCUUCCUCACCCCUCCAUCACUCCGGACUGGGCAGGAGGGAGGCGCAAAGGGAUCGGCUAAACAAGAUUCUGCUGGAUCUGCUACACAGAACACCCAAUAAGAACGGUGAGCAGGCAAUGAGGAAACGGGUAUAGCGACAGAGGGGUGGUUUGAUGAAGAAUGGAAACUGUUGAAUUGAUGAAGGGGAAAUAUCGGACAGUUAACUUAAUGUGUCAUUGGUGUUUGGUAACUUCUCUCUCUUCUUCCAACAGCCAUAGAUGUCACUUAUCUUCUAGAGGAGGGGUCAGGGCGGCGAUUACGUAGGCGGACACUUGGAUUCGGAGACUUUGUGGGUAGAAAAUGA